AUGAGUCAACCAAACCAGACAAAAAUGGACGACGUCACUAUGUAUUUGGAUAAAAUUUCGUGGAACGAGCUGGCAGUAGUGAUUACUCUAUAUGCCAUUCUACUUACUUCCAUCAUAUCAGGAAAUGGCCUGGUGCUGACUGCGUUUACUGUAAACAAGAGGCUUCGAACGGCUACCAACAAGUUGGUAAUGGGGUUGGCUGCAAGCGAUAUCCUCGUGGGUUUUGUAUCGAUACCUUGUUGGCUGAAUAUCACCAUAUCUCUCCACAAUCAUCUUCCCAUUAGCUUCACCGUCUAUCAGUUUUACAUAACGUUUGAUAUCUUUAUCGGCACUGCUUCAAUACUUCAACUCACCUCUCUCAGCAUCGAGAGAUGUCACGCAAUCGCCAGACCAUUACGCCACAGAACACUGUCAAUCAAAGUAUUCUACGUCUUGAUAAUAAUUCCGUGGACUUUUGCGGCCACUGUGGCGACUCUGCAGCCACUUCAGUAUAACCGUUGGAGAGAGGAAUAUACGCUUCUUAUGACCACGGCCUGCUUUUUUGUCCCCUUUAGCAUAAUUUGUGUUGCAUAUUUAUCAAUAUACUGCUUUGCGCGCUGCAAACCAAUUGCUAAGCAUAGAUCGGAAAGGAAGGCUUUCAAGAAGGAUCUCCGCUUGUCGGUAACUCUUGCUGUUAUCACCGGAUUAUUUAUGGUUGCCUGGUUACCGCUGUUUGUCGUCACGGUGAUUGGCACAUACUAUCCGCAAUAUCUCCCUCCCUCACUGGGAACCGACCGCGUCCUUCAGUUCGUCAAGUUCUGUCACUAUAGCAACAGCGCGCUCAAUCCGCUCGUGUAUGCAUGUCGGAAUAACGAAAUGAUCCGAACCAUUCGCCACAUUGGGCAUCGACUGCUCUGCAAGGUGCGGCAACCGCCGAUCUGGAGCAGAUUAUCCUCAUACAGAUCCAGUAGUAGGAGGAGCACUUCUGGAAGAACCGUUACUGGGGACAACAGCCUCAAGAAAACUUCUUCAGUUAGAACCUGUUCCAUCAAAAGCGGAAACGGAAGUAGAAGGCAAGCCGAGGAUGUGAAUGAAAACAAAUCCAAACAGCAGAAAAACGUGGUUGUGGUUCACUCCGCUGUUUAA